CUAUUGGUCUGGUGAUAACAUCAUACAUUUUGUUCCUGUGUUUCCUGGGACUCUGAGAAACUAGGCUGCUUUAUGCAGUUUUCGUGCCAAAUUAUUGCAUAAUCCUUGGCAAAGCAGAUCGAUUGAGGCACAUGAUCUGUGGAAUUCCCGUCUGUUUCGCCUUUAAACAUGGGGAAAAUGGCGCAUGCACACCGCCCACACGUACACGCUUACGCACACACUCUAAAACUUUUCUUCAUUAAUUGUAUUGGCUAUGUCCUUUUCACUUUUAGACUACACACUUAGGCUGAAGUUCACAUCACCACCUCUGUGACAUUUGAAUAUCGUCCUUGUGUCCAUCUCAAGUAGUCUGUGGUUUGCCCACGCAAUGUUUGUGUGCAUAAUCACCUGAGAGACACAUUCUUCUCCAGGACAGACGGGUGAGGGGUCACCAUGCUCUGGAGCUGAUUGACAAGCGAGAGUGAAAUGGAAGGGAGCAAGUGCCCUGAAGGGAAAAUGACUAAAGAGGAUGUUCCGGUGCCAGAGUCGUCGGAGGGGGACUCCGUUCUUGGACGUGUGUCCCACAUUAGUGUAGAACGCCCCACCAUCCACCAGGUGGCGUCAGCCCCGAUGCCAAACGAGUGUGAGUUUUCCUUCUUUGACCCGGAGGAUCCUCAGUGCAGGGAGGUGCUACUGGACCCCAGCACCACAGUUCCAGAGCUCUUUGCAGUUCUCAGGCAGUGGGUACCGCAGGUCCAGAGAAAUAUCAGCUUGAUUGGCAACGAGAUCCUGAAGAGAGGCUGUGGUGUGAACGACCGAGAUGGCUUGACCGACAUGAGCCUCCUGCACUACUGUUGCAAGGCAGGAGCACCUGGCAUAGGUGACGCCGACACAGCGGCCAGCUUCGCCCGGCAACUACUGUCCCUAGGGGCGGAGCCGAGCUUGCGGUCUCGUUGGACCAACAUGUGUGCCCUGCACUACGCCGCCUACUUCGACGUGCCCCAGCUCAUCAGGGUGGUCCUGCACGCCUCUCAUCCCGGGGAGGUAGACGCUACCUGCAGUGACUUUGACUUCGGCACUGCCCUGCACAUCGCAGCUGCCAACCUUUGCUCCUCUGCAAUUAAGUGUCUACUGGAGCUGGGAGCCAACCCCGCCUUCAGGAACGAGAGGGGCCUGUGUCCGGCAGACGUGGUGCCCGAGCCCUUGGACAUGCCCCUGGAGAUGGCGGAUGCGGCUGCCCUGGCCAAGGAGCUGAGGAUCCUGCUGAGGGAGGCCCUGCCACGCCCCUGUGCCCCCCUGCCACUGACCCUUACCCUCCCUGUCCGGGCACCCCCGGGUCUCUCCGACAAGGCCCGGGCUCAGCUCACCACUUUGGGCAUCCAGCUGGGUGACCGCGUGAUUAUUGCUGGUCAGAAGGUGGGCAUUCUGCAGUUCUGCGGCAGCACUGAGUUUGCCGGUGGUCUUUGGGCAGGAGUGGAACUCGAUCAAGCAGAGGGGAAGAAUGAUGGAUCUGUUGCGGGAGUCCAGUACUUCACCUGCCGCCCCAAGCAUGGUAUAUUUGCACCUCUGUCCAAGAUCAGCAAACCCACUGAGCGACGCAAAGCUAAAACCCAGAGGAACUCCACCCCUGUACGGCUCCCUCGGUACAUUGACCUAUCGCGGGUCACCUCCAGAAUGAGUACAGGUUCGGCAGCCUCAAAAAAAUCACCAGAUAAACAAAAAGGAUCUCCAGUUCCUGAACAGAGCAAAGACGAUCCCCCUGAGGCCAAGACAGGUGCCGUCUCUCGUUCCCUCUCAUCCUCUUCGUCAUCCCUGGACUCCAGAAACGGGCCGGCCACUCGUCCGCGCCCAUUGCCACGACAGCGGCCUCCCUCGAGACAGCGACGGGAGCGGCUCCAGCCUGGCUCCCGAACCACUCCCCCUCCAGCCCGCUCCAAUCCCAACUCCAGCCUCAUUGUGCCCCGGACGCUGUCGGCCAGUAGCUCGGUGGGUGAGGGGCCCGAAGUGCGCCUGGGGGAGAGGGUCUUAGUGGUGGGCCAAAGAACCGGGGUGGUCCGCUUCUACGGCAAGACGAACUUCGCCCCAGGGUUCUGGCUAGGGAUCGAGCUGGACAUGCCCAGCGGAAAAAAUGAUGGCUCUGUCGGCGGGGUGACCUACUUCAACUGUCUUCCAAAGCACGGCGUAUUUGCCCCACCGUCGCGUGUACAAAGGAUACAUGGCUCCAUGGAUUGUCUUUCAGAGCUGUCUUCUUCACGACUAAACCGUCCUUUGGCCGGAAUCCAGCGCAGCUUCAGUACAUCGACAGCCAUCGCCACCCAGAAGGAGCAAAGCCGAAAGGUUCCAGUCAACAGGUCACGUUCGAACCCUCACCGUCGGCGCUGGAGCAACCUGAGCGGUGGCUGGGGUCCAGGACCAGGUGGAACAGGAAGCGCAGGAGGAACCAGUGGCUGGGGUCCAGGACCAGGCGGAACAGGAAGCGCAGGAGGAACCAACGCCACCACCACCACAUCCUCUGGCUCAGACAGCUCCGUGCGCCUCCACCUGGGCAUGCAAGUGCUGCUGAGCAGCAUCAACGAGAUGGCCCUGAUCCGCUACGUGGGCCAAACCGACUUCGCCCCAGGCUUGUGGUUGGGACUGGAGCUGCGCACAGCCAAGGGCAAGAACGACGGGCAGGUGGGCGGGCGGCGGUACUUUGCGUGCCGCCAGGGCUAUGGUGUGCUGGUGAGGCCCAGUCGCGUCACCUACCGUGGCAUUAACGGGGCCCGUCUGGUAGAUGAGAACAGCUGAGGAGGCCGAGGCCCUAGGACCCAAAUAGGUUGGGAGGCAGUACAGAGAGCAUAUUGGAGGAAUGUUUCAUGUUAAACUACACUACCUACUUAGCUCUUACCGUAGAGUUUUGACAUUUCUUUUUGUUUUGGGAUUUACGUUGCUGUGGCCCGCCUUCACGUUGAGCUACACUGACCAAGAAUAUAAACACAACAUGCAACAGUUCUGUCACACCAGGAAUAAUGCGCACUGACAGUGAUGUCAACAAAUUUGUACUCCAAAUCUUAUAGAAUUGUUUUUGUGCUUGUUGGGAAUCUUUUCAGCUCAAGAAAUACGGAAAGACUUGAAAUGUUGCAUUUAUAUUUUUGUUUCAGUUUAGUUUGUCUUUUUUUGUUGAUGAUUUAUGCAGUUUUCUUUUAUCUGUUAACUUUUGGUUUUACGUGUCCAGUCAACUCUUGUUGACCAUUAAUAGAAAGUUAAUGUGCACUCGAUGAUACCUUUUGAAUUUAGACUACUAGUUGUCCUGCUUUUGAGGCAACAUAAGCACUUUAACAACUUCUUGAUAAUCACAGCUUGAAAGAAAAAUACUUUCCUUAAAUCGUCAUACUUUGUGAUAUAUGAUAUCAUUGAAGAAAACGCACUGGUUUGACAGAAGACACCCAGAUUUUGACUGCCGUUAUUGCUUUUCUUAGUGGGCAGAGAUUUUAGCUUAUAGCGAUGCUAACCUGGCCAACAGCAGAGAGUAAUGUCUUGAAGUCACAUGUAGCUCUGAUAGAGCAUGGCUCUUGGCAACUCCAAGGUUGUGGGUUUGAAAUGUAUGCACUUACCACUGUAAGUCACUCUGGAUAAAGAUGUCCAGGGGACCAUGACACCUGCCAAGGUUCUGGGAUUCAUCCCAAAAACAACAUUUUGUUUGCAGGGUUUGUGACGAUUAUAAUGCAGGGUUAUUGGAUUUCACAUCUGACUGUCCUGAGAGAGAAGCGGAACUCUGUUUGGACCACCACUGAAUCAUUGAUGGCUUAUAGUCCCCUACUACUGCAGUCACAGCCUGUCCUCUGCACCUUAGGCACCGCUGUCCAUCUUCAGCCAUAGUGAAUGCUAUCGCAUCAAUUCAGCUGUGUUUAAGUGCUGUCAACUGAUGCCAGUUUAUGCUGACAUGGUCAUACACAGACAUGAUUUAGAAGUCUGGUGGUUAGAUUGGACCUGUUGGCUGUGGGAACGAUGUCCUGUACUAGUACAACUACUAACAUCUAUUCUGUUGUGAUGUGUUGCAUAAAAUGCUUUGUAAGAGGUAUGCCUAAAAAGCAUUACAAAGGUCUGCAACAUUUACGGUUUUCUGUUGUCCACUGGCAACAAAACCUCCAUGUGGUCCCCAAUUAAAUUGGUAGGACUUAGCAGUUGUGUAAAUGUUUGUGCUGAAUGGCUAAUGUGGGGGGCCCUUGGUUUCUGGGCUCCCUGCUUAUGGUUUGACAUGUCAGUGAGAUGUUUGCCUAAUAUUUGACUAUGACAAAAGUACGGGGGUCUGAAAGCUAUCUGUACUCAAUUCAGUGGUGGUCAAUGAUUUUGACUUAGUUGAUGGUCAUUUCUGGAACUUAAUACCUGUCAUUCGUCUUACGUCAUUGCUGUGAUUUUUCUGUAACUUUCAAUGACCUAACAGUUAGGUCUGUCAUGGUCCUUGAUGUUACAUUUCUCUAUGAAUGUUGAGUUAGGUUGUAAAAUGUCUUUGUAGACUAGACAAGACAUUAUCAGAAAGCCUUAGUGAAAAUGCACUUGGGUGCAUUGUUUGUGUGUGUGCGCCUUCAAACUGUUGUAUUUCUGCUCUUGUCCAAUGUGUAUAUGUGGAAUGGUGUGUGUACAUUUUAAGGGUUUCAGUGUGGUAUAGUGGCACGUUGUGUAAAAAGGGUAUUUGUAAAAUAUGCAAAUGAAUAAAGAUUAUAUUAUAUUUCACCAA